AAUAAGAGCGCUCUAUUGAGAUUUGUUUUUAGCUUUAGCUUGGCCACACGAGUGAAAUUGUUACCGAGGGAAACUACCUUUUUCUGUUAAAUUCUUGCCAAACGUCCUGCGCGACCCCAUCCUCACUACCAGUCUGAAGUUGACUUGCUGCUAUGCCGGUGCACCGGGACCGCGAGAAGAAGGAAAGUACUGCAGAGGAGAUGGAGGUGGAGGAGCAGGAGCAGGAUGCAUCCAGCUCAGAGGAGGAGGAUUCUGACACCUCCUCUGUCUCUGAGGAUGGAGACACCUCUGAAAUGGAUGAGGAAGAUUGUGAGCGGAGGAGGAUGGAGUGUCUUGAUGAAAUGACGAACCUAGAGAAACAGUUCACAGAUCUCAAAGACCAGCUGUAUCGUGAACGUCUCAGCCAGGUGAACAGCAAGCUGUCAGAGGUGGAGGCCGGCCGGGCAGCAGAAUAUCUGGAGCCUUUGGCAGUGCUGCUGGAAAACAUGCAGGUCCGCACCAAGGUGGCAGGUAUCUACAGAGAGCUGUGUCUGGAGUCUGUGAAGAACAAGUAUGAGUGUGAGACCCAAGCGGCAUGUCAGCACUGGGAGAGUGAGAAGUUGCUGCUCUUUGACACUGUACAGAGUGAACUGGAGGAGAAAAUCAGACGGCUGGAGGAGGACAGACACAGCAUAGAUAUUACAUCAGAGCUGUGGAACGACGAGCUUUCAGGAAGGAAGAAGAGGAGAGAUGCACGUAGUCCAGAUAAGAAGAAGAGACGACCUUCAGUGGUGUCUGGUCCAUAUAUUGUUUACAUGCUGCCUGACCUGGACAUCCUGGAGGACUGGACAGCAAUCAGAAAGGCCGUUGCCACGCUGGGUCCACACAGAGGGAAGGUCGACUCUGACAGCCCUGUGUUCCCCUUCAGGCCGGACAGAAACAGAUCCAUUCUCAACUGCUGAGGAACCCCCCCCCCACACACACACACACAGAGGAACGUGCUCAAACAUAUGAGGACCUCAAACACAUAUACAAUAUAUACAAACAUACACAUGACAAGACUGUUUGCAUUCAUAGUCUGCAACUAUGAAAAUGCACACAGCUGAUCAUUUGUCAGAUUUCAGAAUCUUCCUGUGUUGUUAUUCACACAUGUCAGGAGGGGGUGGGUCUAAGGAGGCAUAAAAUGAAAUUAAAAAGAUGCUGCUGAAAUUCAAGUCCCACCCUUUAAAGGCAAUUUACUUUAUAUCAAUGCUGUGUGGGUAAUUGGAUGCAUUCACAGAAUCAAUGAACAAGUUAAGGGAACAUACUGGUGAGCCAAAAAUAGAAUGAAACUGCUCUAUUGCAUGCACCACAAUGGCACCGGCUGCUCAUUUGUUGCAUGAUAUAAACUUCACCACUCCCUCCUGCUCACCAGCAGUGAAUUUUCCUGACUUUAUUCUCCUGUGUUCAAGCAUUAGCUUACCAAGAUUUCACCUGGAAACUUUAGUAGAGGGCUGGCAGAAAACUCUGGAUUAAGAAAAGGUGAAAAAGAUGGCCGUCUGCAUUUACACACGCAGCUCAUCCGGAAAGUUUUGUGAAAUUGUCAGGCGUUAUUUUCAUGCAAAACCAUUAAAGAAAUCUCUCUACAAGCCACUCCCCCUCCACACCUCCCUCAGCUAACAGAGACACCAGACACUGCCUCGAGUGCCAACCCUAACAGGAAAGAAGUACAGGUUAGAAUCCUUAAGAGGACAAAAAGAAAUGGGAAAUGAUGUCAACUGUUUGUUACCUGAACUUUGGUUCAGACUUGGGGUUUUCCUUUUUUUACUUCCUUUUUUUAAGAUUUCCAUUUUAACAGGCAAAUCUGAAAUACCAUGUAAGCCAUUAAGGAAAAAUGUAAAACCCAGAGUUCUAAUAGGUUUUUAAAGGGCAAUGCCAGCCAAGCCACUCAAACAAAUACCAGUUUCAUUACAUUUUAUCGUCUUAAGUUAUCACAAUGAUUUCAUGCCCCAAGUUUGUGUUUUUAAUCUGUAGGAGCUACAGAUGGACGUAACACUGUAGUAUCACUUGAAAAAUACAGCAGCCCUUUUAAAGUUGUUAUUCAUCAGGUAUUACUUUGACAUUCUCUUCUUAUGCAUCUACCUCUUCUCUCUGUCGCCCACUCUCUUUAAAGUGAAAUCACGUCAUGAAUAUGAAAAUGUGUCCUUCCCCAUCAGCACCCUGUAAAAGAGUUGACUUUGUUGUUUGAGUGUUGAGCUGUUUUUUAUAACAGUGUAUGUUGUCAGAAUUGUAUUUUUUGAAAAGCCUGGUGUGUCUUUUUUAAGCAGACAGGAAGAGAACCAUGUUUUACGGUCUUCAUGAACAUCACCCGGUUUUGAUAAAAGAUGAUGAACAAGCUUCCAUUUCAUGAGAGAUUUUAUAAACGGAGGUUUUUGAAGUUGAAGGUAGAGAGAAUGCUGAAUAUUCAAAUCAAUAGUUUCAAAUGUUGAUUUUGAACUCUGUGGUACAUUUGUGUCUUUCUUUUGGAUACUGUUGUCAUUUCUGUUUUUUACAAUUAAAAGUUUUGUUACAAGAA